AUGGGUAUUCAAAGAGGAGAUCAAUCAGCGCUAGCAGGCUCGUCAACCACGACGGAUCCCCUCAUUGAGGAGUUCGGACAGCUCCACGUCUUGGACGACUUGAUACGUCUUCGUGCCGCAGAUUAUGUCCAACAUCCCAUUCUCGCGUAUCCAAGCUCCAAUAAGGAUGCUGCUUCAUACAAAUACUAUACUGGCCGAGACUUGGAUGGAAUGAUCGACCAAGUGGUUACCGUGCUCGUGGAGUCUGGCCUUCCCCUGCCUAAACGGGAUGGAAGUAUUGUGGCUCUUCUCACGCUAUCCGAUUUGGAUAUGGUGAUUGUCUUUUUUGCCCUGAGCCGACUGGGCUAUACGGUGAUGAUGCUAUCACCACGAUUAUCCGGCGAAGCAUGUGUGUCGUUACUGGACAAGGUAAACUGUGACACUGUCAUAUACGGCAAUACUGGGAGCAUCCAGACCGUAAUGGGGGAGAUUCUGCAGCGAAAGCUAGUGAACUGCCGGCCGAUGCCAAGCGCAUCGAGCACUGGUGCAACAGAAACUACACCCCUACUUCUGCACCUGCAUCGCAACUCUGAGGCGCAACGGAACAAAAUUGCCUUGAUUCUUCACUCGUCGGGUUCUACCGGUACCCCAAAGCCCCUGUUACUCACCCACAAGGCGCUGAUGACGCAUCCUCUUCGGGGUCCUGGAUUGACAUCGUUCAAUCCUCUCCCUUGGUAUCAUCUUCACGGUCUUUCUACUGCAUUGCAGGCCAUGUGGAUGAGGAGAACAGCCUUUAUGUGGAACGCAGCGCUUCCACUGACGGCCAAAUCCGUGGUGUCCGUAUUAGAAGCUACUCGCCCUCAAUCCGUGGCGGCUGUACCAUAUAUGCUUCAGCUGUUGGUGGAUAGCCCGAGAGGCAUUGCCGCACUUCGGGCAUGCAAGCUGGUGACAUACGGGGGUGCACCAUGCCCUGAUGAGCUGGGUGACCGUCUGGUUAGCGAAGGGGUACCUUUUAGUGGUUCAUUUGGGUUGACGGAGGCUGGUUUAGUCGCAGAGUCAAUUUCCCGUCCCAGAGGCGACCCGUACUGGAACUAUCUGCGGUUUUUCGACAAUAUCAGACCAUAUAUCUGGAUGAAGCCCAUUGGGGACUCUCUGUAUGAGUGUGUUUAUUUAAAAGGGCAUCCUGCCUUGACAACCUCCAACUCGAGCGAGCCCCCAGGCUCGUUCCACUCCAAAGACGUCUUUACACCACACCCCGCCAUCCCAGACAGAUGGAAGUAUGUUUCCAGACUUGAUGACCGCAUUACACUCGUCAAUGGCGAGAAAGUGCUCCCACUCCCCAUCGAAGGAUUCGUCAAGCAAGAUCCUCUGAUUCACGAGGCAGUGGUGGUGGGGCUCGGCAGAGCUGCACCUGGAAUGCUGAUUUUCCAAACACAGGAUGUCGAGGACGCGGGAGUCGAGGCCGAGGAAUAUUUAGAAGCGAUUUGGCCCACGAUACAGGCUGCCAACUCAGAUGCAGAGCGUUUCUCUCAGAUCUCACACGAUCUUAUUGCCAUUCUGCCUUACACGGCCAAGUUUCCGCGCACGGACAAAGGGUCUAUGAUCCGGGCUCAAGUUUAUCUACAAUAUGCCAAUUUGAUUGAUGAUCUAUAUUCAAGAUCAGAAGAGACAAAAGGAGUUCUUCAGCUUGGACUCGCCGAGACUCAAUCUCUUCUCAUACGACUCUGCCAGGAUGAACUGCGCAUCACGCUUCCAUCUGUCCAGACCGACUUCUUUGCGGAGGGUAUGGACAGUUUGAAGGCCAUUCAACUACGUCGAUUAUUGCUGCAACAUCUGAAACUCGACAAAGGUGCCCUGAGCCGGAAUGUCGUAUACGAGGCGGGCAACGUCGCAACUUUGGCAGAGCAUAUUUGUUCCUUGCAGCGCGGACAAAGUGACACCGCAAUCGAAAGUGAUAACGCUCUUAUGACGGAUUUAAUCCAGGAAUACUCUACAUUCAGGAAGCACGUCUCACGGCCACCAAUUGCCCCAAACAGCAAGGGAGUGAUUCUCACGGGCGCCACGGGAUCCAUUGGUGCUCAUGUCCUCCAUGAACUACUCCAAGAUGACUCCAUUUCAAGUAUAUACUGUCUCACCCGCCAAAGCCCACCAUUGGAAUCUGUCCUGCGCAGCCUAGUCUCUCGAAACCUACUCAUCACCCCCAUACAAGCAUCCAAAAUCAUCGCCCUAGUCAGCACAAUCGACGAACCCAACCUGGGCCUCGACGAAAAUACCCUCGAAUGCAUGCAAGACACGGUAACCCAGAUCAUCCAUGCCGCAUGGCCUGUCAACUUCAACCUCCCUCUCACCCAAUUCACGCCACACAUCCAAGGCGUCCACAACCUCCUCCAAUUCUCCCUCUCAGUGCACCGCCCCGAACCAGCUGUCAUGCUCUUCUGCUCCUCCGUCUCCACCGCGCUAGCCUCGCACUCCACCACCAUCUCCGAAGAAUCAAUGACCCUGUCCGACGCCUACAUGGGGUACGGACGGUCCAAGCUCGUCGGCGAGCACAUCGUUAGCGGAGCCCGGCGCACCGGCGCGCGGUGCUAUUCCCUCCGCAUCGGCCAAGUCUCGGGACAUUCCAAAAGGGGACUGUGGAACGACAGCGAGGCACUCCCGUUGAUAAUACGGUCUGCAUUGACGCUCAAAGCACUGCCCGAUCUGGACUUGAUGUGCUCCUGGUUACCGGUGGAUAAACUUGCGGCAACGAUAGUCGAGAUUGGCCGGGCAUGCUUGUCGUCUCCACCAUCGCCCAUGGCCGCUGGUCAGGAGCAAAAGCAAGGGGAGGGCGACAGGGACAGUGACACCAGUGCCGAUGCGAAGUUGAUAGACGACUCGAUCUACAACGUGUGCAACUCGAGAGAGUUUUCAUGGUCCGCAUUGCUGGCGUCGUUAAGUAAGAGCGGUUUCCAAUUUGAGACGGUGUCUUUUGAAAAAUGGAUAAACAUGCUACGAGAGAGUGAGGCACGGGGUGAAGAGCAUGUCAAUCCAGCGGUGAAGUUGAUUGGACAUUACGAGGCGAUGUACGGCAAGAAGUCGUUGUUGAGCUCUAAGAAAUUCCACACCGAUCGGGCCGUGAGACACAGCGAGACUCUGCGGGAUGGGCGGUUGGACGUUAUCGAGGAUGGAAUUCUGAGUUGCUAUGCUCGUGAUUGGUUGACUCGAUGGAUGACUUCUUGA